CCGUUGGGUUUGUACCCAAAAGAUAUCUAUCUCGGAACCCCAUCAUCAUAUGAAAGUAGCGGGAAACAAAACCAAACACAUAGAGAGCACGUUUAGCACGUUGCAAAACAACAUACACACAUAUAUAUACAUUCUGCGCUGCGUUGACUCAUAUUCUCAUUCAUUCCCCUUCUCCGCCGACAACCCCGCAAUGCCUUCGUCAUCUCCCAAUUUCCAUCUUCGCGCUCUCAGAAUUUGGUCCUCCAAGGACUACGCAAUCGCCGCCUUCAUCUUCUUCCUCCUCUUCUCGCUCCUUCUCUUCACUCACUUCGAUCCCAAUCCUUCCCCUUCCCACUCUCACUCUUCCCACCUCGUCCCCCUCACGCUCCUCCGCAACGCCCGCCACACGCCCGCGCUUUGCUUGGACGGCAGCGCUCCCGGCUACCAUUUCCGAAGCGGCUUCGGAUCCGGAUCUCGCAAUUGGCUCAUCCACGUCGAGGGAGGAGGGUGGUGCAAUUCGAUAUCUUCAUGUUCUAAGCGAAAAUUCUCUCAUUUGGGGUCUUCCAAGUAUAUGGAAAAAUUUAUUCCUUUUUCAGGAAUAUUGAGCUCUGACCCCUACCAAAACCCUGAUUUCUUUAACUGGAACAAGGUGAAGAUACGUUAUUGUGAUGGCGCAUCUUUCUCUGGUCACCCGGAGAGUGAGAGAGCAAGUGGGUUGUUCUUCAGAGGCCAGGUCAUAUGGGAUGCUAUUAUGGAUGAACUCUUGUCAAUUGGCUUGUCUACAGCAAAACAGGCUUUGCUUUCAGGAUGCUCUGCUGGAGGGUUGGCAACUCUUAUACACUGUGAUAACUUCCGACAAUUACUUCCAAAGGAGGCAACUGUCAAGUGUCUUGCUGAUGCAGGCUUCUUCCUAGAUGAGAAGGAUAUUAGUGGAAACAGUACAAUGAGAUCUUUCUAUCAUGAUGUUUUCCAGCUUCAGGGUCUUGCAAAAAGUUUUCCCAAAGAUUGCAUUGCUAAAAUGGAACCAUCCAAGUGUCUCUUUCCGUCAGAAAUUGUUAAGAACAUGAAGACUCCACUGUUCCUUGUUCAUCCAGCUUAUGAUUUCUGGCAGAUACGCAAUAUUUUGGUACCUCAAGAAUCAGAUCCCCAAGGUCACUGGCAAAGCUGCAAACUGAACAUUCGCAAUUGUAAUGCUAACAUGAUUGAUAAACUUGACAGUUUCCGUGGCUCUUUGCUGAAGACUCUGAAUGAAUUCCAACAACGAAAGGAGAUUGGAAUGUUUAUAAAUUCCUGUUUUAUCCAUUGCCAGACGGAGAUGGAAAUGACAUGGCACUCACCCAACUCUCCUAAAAUAAACGAUAAGACAAUUGGUGAAUCUGUUGGUGAUUGGUACUUUGACCGAGAAGCGGUUAAGCGUAUUGACUGCCCUUCGCAUUCGUGCAAUCCCACUUGCCGCAAUAUGGAUUUCACCUGAAUAUAAAAUAAAGCUACGGGACCCAUUUUUUGUUGCGAGUUUUAUCCCGGAUCUUCAUUUCUUGAAGUCCAUGAAGGAAUGUAUUUUAUGUCAAUUGAUUUUUGAGUUAGAGUCAGAAUAUGCUGGGGACUUCAUCUUAUUCACCUGUAUGAUGCGGGUUUUACAAUCUACAGACAUUAAGCCAUGCAGCAUGAAGUUCUCCCCUUACCAUGUAAUUCCUCUUCAUCAUUGUUAUAUUUGUAUAAUUUGAGUAUCUUCUCAAGUUUGUAAUUUUUUUUUAUUGAUUUCUUAAUGUAGCUUACUAGAUUUUUGUGAAUUAAAAUAAUGACGUACAUGUUGAGUCAAAAUUUCUGGAAUACCUAAAUUCCAAUUACAGUUUUGAAUGGGAUAGCUCUGAAGAAGUAGAACCCAAAUAUUCAGAAGGGAAAGAUAAAAUUGCUGCCAAUCAAUUAUAAUGGAUCAAUGAAGAUUGUGGAUUAGAUAGA